AUGUCGCCGGAUGAGUUCAUUUAUAUGUGUGUUCUGCUAUUUUCUCUGCCAGUAGGCCAUUUAGUAAAACAUGCUAAAAGUCCAACCAGUAAAAAGAUAGUCAGCAGUAGUGUGGGAAUCGCCUUGGUUGCGUCACUAUGCCAUUACCACAUUCUACAUUCAAUUGUCACAACUAUUGGGACAUGUGUGAUCGUCAAGGUAGCGGGCUGGAGACAUUGUCACAAGCUGACAUUUGCUUGGUGCUUUGGAUAUAUUGCAUUCUUUCGUAUGGUUCAUUUUAUUGGUUUGCCGUACCCUCCCUCAUUCGCUAAUGCUGUGCAGUUGUUACUCACACUCAAGAUGGUUGGCAUGACGUUUGAGAUCCAUGAUUCAUAUGCCGCAAAGAUUAAUCCUCCAAUUCAAGAUAGUGAUAAAAAACCCAGAAUUGUAGUCAUUAUAGAUGAGCCAUCAGUUAUGGAUAUAUGUCACUAUGCAUACUGUUAUAUUGGUAUUAUGACAGGUCCUUACUACAAAUACAAAACAUACUAUGAUAUGAUCCACAAUGAGAAAUCCAGCAAAAUAGACACAAUGGGACCGCUCUUUGAUAGACUAAAGUUUGCUGCCCUCUAUGGGUCUAUGUUUAUUGUAUCUUCACACUACAUCACAAUAGACAUUGCUGUGACUGAUGAGUUCUUCUCCUACAGUUACUGGUUCAAAACUUUCUUCAUGGUUCCAAUGUUCUUUGUGUUUCGUACUCGCAUGUAUGCAGCAUGGGUGCUCUCUGAGUGUAUCUGCGUCAUGGCAACUCUUGGAGCAUAUCCCAAAGACACCCUUCCCAAGUGUGCACAAGGACCAACUGUUGAACUACCAAAAAAUAGAGAAAAAGACACUAGCUCUGAUGAUUAUUAUAGUUUUGAAACCAUUAAUAAUAUCAAUGGAUACAAGUGUGACUUCACUAGCUCAUUUCGAGAUGCCAUGAGAUAUUGGAAUAUGACGGUACAGUGGUGGUUGGCGAACUACAUAUACAGACGAGUGCCAAGUAAAGCAUGGAGAACAUCUUUGACAAUGCUGGUGAGCGCGUUUUGGCAUGGUAUUCACCCUGGCUAUUACCUCAGCUUCAUGACUGUACCUAUUAUACUGAUGGCAGAAGAUGUCAUGAUCAAAGCAUUCCGUAGACCGAGUAACGAAAAGAUCUUUGAUUGGCUCAACUGGUUUUUCCGUAUGCGCAGUUUUGAAUAUUUAUCCAUGGGUUUUCUGCUGCUUAAGAUGGACUAUACACUUAAUUACUGGAAGUCAACUUAUUUUAUUGGUCAUGCUUAUAGUGCAAUAUUCAUUCUAUUUGGCACCUUGUUCAAACCAAGGAAGAAGAAAUUGGAUAGCCAAACUGAUGAGGCAAAGAAAGAGAAAUAA